UCGUCUUCACUCUUCACUACGUAGCGACGCCAAGUCCCAACCAGUCGUCUAGCUCCGAAGUCUGAGCGAGUUGCCAAUGGCUGAACCUGACGAAGUGGCCGUAGAGCCCGCGGAGGAGUCGCCGACGACGCCGCUGUUGCUAGAGUCAGCAGCGGCGAGCCCGUCCGUGGAGGUGCGGCUGUACCGGCAGGGCUCGGGCCCGGCCGCGGUCUUCCGGUCGGGCCUGGUCGGCCCCCGCCGCGACCGGCUCGACGUGCGCGGCAUCCAGGCCGACCACGGCCUCCGGGCGCUCUUCGCCUUCAACCCCUCGGCCUCCCGCCGCGGGCUCCGGAUCCGGCCCGACCCUAACCGCGGCGGCCUCUCCGCCCUGCCCUUCCGCGACGGCGCCGCCAUCGCCCUCGACGGCGAGCCCAAGGCGUCGUGGGCGUGGACGAAGCCGGCGGCCAUGGUCGCCGCCGCCGUGCUGGCGCCUGCGGCGAUGGCGGCGGUGGCUCUGUACGGGGUGCCGGAGCCGCUGCGGUCGUCGAGGCUGGCCAACGCGGCCUUCGCGCCGUGGAUCCUCGCCAGCGUGGUCAUCGUCGUCGUUCGCCUCAGGACGCGACCAAGGGCUCGGGCUCCAUGAACGGAGACGAGCUCCGCUGUAACCGCUCUUCUUUGUAUCAACACAAGUUCAUUGGCAAGACUUUCUUCUGUCGUUUAUGAUUUAUCUAGAGAAAUUCUGUGUCAUGGAGGCAGAGUUCCAGAAUGUGAUUUGCCGUGAGCAGAACUGGUUAUGUCCAUGAAAUUGUUCUCUGGAUAACAGCAACUGAUCGGUGGAAUUAUCUCUCAA